AUGGCUCCAAAAAACAAGGGAAAGAAGGGAAAGAAGCAGGACGAUGAUGACUUCUGGGAUAAGGCUGGGACGUCCGUCGCAAACAACAAUGCGACCCCACCGCCCGAGGCGGCCGAAGCCCCAGAUGACGACUUCAAGCCUGCAAAGAAGUCAGGUUUCUCUGCGUUCGCUGAGUUGGGCGUUGACGAUGGGGACGCUGCAGCAGAGGAAGAGGAUUUCGGUGGUCUCAUGUCUAUUAUCAAAGCGUCUACGAAAGGCAAGAAAGACAAGAAAGACAAGAAGGCAGGCAAGAAGGGCGCUGCCGAGGUGUCCUUUGCAGAUGGCCCAUCGCCUGGGGAAGGUUCGGAUGGCGAAGCAGCAGCCGCAAAAGGCGAUAUCAGUGCGCCAAAAGGACCUGUACAGAUGUCCGCGGAGGAGCUUGCAGACGAAGAGUGGGGCCCGGUGAAGGAAAAGGGCAAGAAAGGAAAGAAGAAAGGAAAGAAGGGCAAAGCUCAAGAGGAUGAUGAAGAAGAGGAGGAAAAGCCAUGUAAGUCGGGCUCUUUACAAUCUACCGAGGGAUUAACCCAAUUUUAUUCUAAUCUUGCGUCUGAUGUAGCUGCUGCGCCCGAAGCUCCAGCACCGGCUGCGCCUGUGGAGGCUGAGAAGCAAGAUGAAGACGAAAAUGAAGAUGGCGCUGGCGAGGACGGGGGACCUAAGGUCCUUUCUAAGAAAGAGAAGGAGAAGUUGAAGAAAGAGCGUGAAAAGGCCAAGAAAAAGGCACAGGCGGCAGCGAAAAAGGCUGCUCAGGGAGAGGAUGCUGCUGACGCUGCAUCGGCUCCUGCGCCACCUGCACCAGAACCAGAGUCUUUGGAGAAGGAGGAUGAAGGCGAGGAUGAAGGCGAGGGUGGUGGUGCGAAAGCAGAUUCUAAGAAGAAGAAAAAGAAAAGGGCAAAGAAGGACGAUGAGCCGGCUGCGGCUACAGCGGCGGCAGGCGGCAAGAAGAAAGCAGGCGGCAUCAGUGCAUUGAGGGCGCUGAUGGAGGAAAAGAAGCGGAUAGAGGAGGAGGCAAGGAAAAGAGAGGAGGAGGAGCGGCAGAGGAUCGAGGAGGAGGAGCGGCUGGCGGAGGAGGAGGCGAAACGCAAAGAAGAGGAGAAGCAGCGGAGGAAAGAGAAAGAGAAAGCCAAGCGCGAGCAAGCUAAGAAGGAGGGCCGUUUGCUCACUAAGAAGCAGAAGGAGGAGCAGCGGAUGGCCGAGCUGCGUAAGCAAGCACUGCUCGCCUCCGGGGUACAGAUCGAAGGCUUGCAACAACAGCACGCCGGUGGCCAGGCACCUAAGAAGGUUGUGUACGGUAAUCGGAAGAAGAAGGGACCAACCAGUGUCACGGACAGUGGCCCCGCGACAAGAGAGACGUCUCCAGUCCGGGAAGUGAAGCCUGCUCCCUCAAAGCCUGCUGUUCUCCCUGCCGCGGCACCGCCUGCUGUGGAAGCAGAAAAGUCGGACGAUGUAAAGUCCGAUUGGGACGCAAGUAGUGACGAAGAGAAGCCUGCUGCGGACGUUAAGGAUUCAUGGGAUGCAAGCAGUGACGAGGAAGACGCCGCAUCUAAACCACCAAAGGCGGCACCAGGAACCAAUGGUGCUGCGAAGGCGGCUUCGAAGGCUGCUCAGGUCAAACCUGCCGCCAUCGCGAAGGCGGCUCCCACGAAAUCAUCUGCUACUGCGUCUACAGCGAAAGCUGCACCGUCGAAGCCUGCACCUGCAAAGGCGAAUGGUGCAGCAGAGUCCUCAUCAGAAUCCGAGGAGGAGAGCUCGGAUGAAAGCUCUGACGAUUCUGAUUCAGACUCGGACGAGGACUCGUCGUCUGGUUCGGAGUCUGAUGGCAUGACCCAAACUCAACGCCAGGCUGCGCAGAAGAAGGCGGAGGCGGCUGAGCGGAAGGCGAAGGCACAUGCGGCUGCCGUCGCUGCACAGAGUAAAGACAACCUUCGUAGCCCAAUCUGCUGUAUUCUGGGUCACGUCGACACGGGCAAGACAAAGCUGCUGGACAAGAUUCGCCAAACAAACGUCCAAGAAGGAGAAGCCGGUGGUAUCACUCAACAAAUCGGCGCCACUUACUUCCCUGUCGACGCUAUCAAGACAAAGACCGCAGUCCUCAACAAAGAGGGUACGCAGGACUACAAGAUCCCGGGUCUUCUCGUUAUUGACACCCCUGGUCACGAGUCCUUCACUAACCUGCGAUCCCGCGGAAGCUCGCUCUGUAACAUUGCUAUUCUUGUUGUGGAUAUCAUGCACGGCCUCGAACCGCAAACCCUCGAGUCGCUUCGCCUGCUCAGGGAUCGCAAGACGCCGUUCAUUGUCGCACUGAACAAGAUCGACCGUAUGUACGGCUGGGAAGCUUCACCCGAUAAUGACUUCCGCAGCUCCUUGGCAAUGCAGACGCGAUCGGUGCAGCGAGAAUUCGAGGACCGCUACCAGAAGAUCGUCGUAGCGUUCGCUGAGCAGGGAUUGAAUGCAGUUCUCUACUAUGAGAACAAGAAUUUCGCGCGGAAUGUCUCUGUAGUCCCGACAUCCGCUAUCACCGGCGAAGGUGUCCCCGAUAUGAUUAUGCUCCUCGUUAACCUGACGCAGCAACGCAUGAGCGACCGUCUCAUGUAUCUGUCAGAGCUCGAGUGCACUGUGCUCGAAGUCAAGGUCAUCGAAGGUCUGGGAACUACCAUUGAUGUUGUCCUGUCGAAUGGUAUCCUUCACGAGGGCGGAAGGAUUGUCGUUUGCGGUCUGAACGGGCCAAUUGUCACGCAAAUCCGAGCGCUCCUGACGCCUCAACCUCUCCGCGAACUGCGUAUCAAGUCAGCGUACGUCCACCACAAAGAGAUCAAGGCGGCAAUGGGUGUCAAAAUCGUAGCGCCAGACCUGGAGAAGGCCAUCGCCGGUUCCCGUCUGCUGGUCGUCGGGCCUGAUGACGAGGAGGAGGACCUUAUGGAGGAGGUCAUGUCCGACCUGACCACCCUCUUGAACUCGAUCGACAAGUCUGGUCGCGGUGUCUGCGUGCAGGCCAGCACGCUCGGUUCGCUGGAGGCGCUGCUCGACUUCCUGAAGUCGAGCAAGAUCCCCGUCUCGGGCAUCAACAUCGGCCCUGUGCACAAGAAGGAUGUCAUGCGUGCAGCGACAAUGUUGGAGAAAGCCAAGGAGCUCGCCUGUAUUCUUUGCUUCGACGUCACAGUUGACAAGGAUGCCGAGCGGCUUGCAGAGGAGAUGGGCAUUCGCCUAUUCAAAGCUGAUAUCAUUUACCACCUCUUCGAUGCCUUCACGGCAUACAACGCCGAGAUCACAGAGGCGAAACGAAGAGAUGCUGCACCUCAAGCUGUCUGGCCGUGCAGAUUGAAGACUAUCGCUGCGUUCUGUAAGCGCGACCCGAUCAUCCUUGGUGUCGACAUUCUGGACGGUACUCUGCGUGUCGGCACUCCUAUAUGUGUCGUUAAGACAGAUUCGGAGACAGGAAAGAAGGACAUUAUCGAUCUCGGUCGAGUUACAUCUCUCGAGAUCAACCACAAACCAUUCGAGAUUGUGAAGAAGUCUCAGGCCGGCGCUGGUGUCGCGGUGAAGAUCGAGCACGCCGUCUAUCAAUCUGCGAAAAUGUUCGGCCGGCAUUUUGACGACAAAGAUGAACUCUACAGCCACAUUACUCGCCAGAGCAUUGAUGUACUGAAGACAUCCUUCAAGACAGAUGUGAGCAACGAUGAAUGGCUGCUCAUCAAGGCUUUGAAGCCGAACAUGUCCGCGGCCGCAAUUGACGUCGCAAAGUUACCUGCGCAUACUGACACCGAGCGCGACUCUUCUAUCGACGAAGAUGAGCUCCAACUGCAAAAACUCGGGUAUAAACAGCAAUUACAUCGUAGCUGGCAUUUCGUCGAAAGCUUUGCGGCGAGUUUUGUCGCACUUAACUUCAUCGGUGGUGUUCGAGCUGGGAUCUUCCUGGGCCUUCAAGCCGGAGGGCCUGCUGCAGUAUGGUCGUCGUAUAUCAUCUCGAUGAUUUUCAUGUUCAUCACGGCGGCCGUCAUGGCUGAAAUCUGCUCUGCGCUCCCUCUUAGCGGGUCGAUUUAUAUCUGGUCGGCCGAGAGUGCAGGCCCGAAGUAUGGACGAUUCUUCGGCUUCAUAGUUGCUUGGUGGUCGUGCACUGCUUGGAUGACAUUCUCCGCGGGAAACUGUCUGACGGCUGCGAACUACAUCGUGUCUGAAAUGAUGGUCUAUAACGUCAGCUACCCAGGCGGCGCCGGCAACGACAGUAUUCAAUGGCGCGCACUCGUAUGGGCCGUCGCAGAGGGCUGCCUUAUCGUUUCGAUUGCCAUCAACUAUCUUCCGCCGAGACUUUAUUCUGCGGUCUUCAAGUUCUCCAUCGGGCUGUAUAUGGUGGACUUCCUGUUGUGCUUGAUUUGGCUCCCCAUUGGUGUAUCGAAGACAUAUGGUUUCCGCUCGGCCAAAGAGGUCUUCACUAUGACGUACAACGGUACCGGGGCUCCUCCCGCGUGGAAUUGGAUUCUAUCCUUCCUUUUCACGUCGGGGACUAUGAUUGGAUUCGACGCGUCCGGUCACAUUGCUGAGGAGACGAAAAACGCCAGCGUGGUUGCCGCUCGCGGUAUCCUCUACAGCGCCAUCGCGACUGGUGUGCUCGGGUUUGCGACGACUAUUUUGUUCCUAUUCUGCACUCCCGAUCUCGACACCCUGUUCGCGCUCGAUGCUCCUCAGCCUUUCGUUCAGCUGUACGCGCUCUCACUCGGCAAGGGUGGCAGCAUCUUUAUGACCAUCAUCGCUGCUGUGGGCCUCAUUCUGAAUACAAGCGUCUCGGUCGUCGCAGCUUCACGUCUCGUCUUCGCCGUAUCCCGCGACGGCGUCCUUCCGAUGUCAGGCUGGAUCGGGCGCGUCGACUCGGAGCGCCAGCCACGCAAUGCCGUGACAGUGAUGUUCGUCUUUGGCGCGGCAAUUUUGUGCACGAUCCUUCCCAGCCAGGUGGCUUUCACGUCACUCACAUCGGCUGGCGGUAUUCCGACGACUGCAGCCUAUGGGCUCAUUGCGCUUCUGCGACUGACGCUCACACCGAAUGAUUUCAAAUCGUCCCGCUUCUAUCUUGGAAAGUGGCGGAAGCCGUUCUACGUCGCAGCCGUGCUGUUUAACGGCUUGGUCUUCGCAACCCAAAUCUCGCCUUUCUACUUCCCGGUGAAUGCAGAGUCCUUCAACUUCGCAUGCGUGAUCUUCGGCUCCGUCACUGUCUUCGGCAUUCUCAGCUGGUACUUCAUUCCCGAGGAGAAGUGGCUCCGUCGCGAGCACGUCCUGCGCGCACUGGAAGUUGCCGACGAGGAACCUCUGCAGGCAGGCAGCUCGGGCGUCGUCGCUGGAAGUGCUGCAGGUGUUGGGGCAAUUUCGAGGCAUCGCCGCGACUCUAUCAACAAGGACAGGGAUGAGCUUGACUUGGAGUAA